AUGUACGUGGUCGGCUGCUACAUCAACGGGGCGCUGGUGGCGAGCGCGCGCGGCCUGUCGAUCACCGACGCCCAGAUGGGCGCCGCGCUGCGCGCGCUCGAGAGCCUGCACCUCGCCCCGGAGGAGCCGGAGGAGCCGGAGGAGGGCGAGGUCCUCAUCGGCGCGGCCGUGCGCUGCGGGAUGCACCGCUGCGUGCGGCACAAGGACGCGCUCUUCGAGGAGGAGGGCAGCCGCACGCGCGGCAAGAUGCUCGCCGACGCCUUCGAGGCCUUUCUCGGAGCGCUGUACCUCGACCGGCAGCCGCUCGGCCUCGGCCUCGCCGCCGUCAAGGCCUUCACCGCCGCGACCCUCUUCGAGGAGGAGACGGACGCGACCGUCGACGAGCGACGGUGGAUGGACCCGAAGGCCCGGCUGCAGCACUGCCUCAACGAGUUCUCGGCGCUCACCGGCGCGCGGCUGAGCAAGACCUUCGAGCUGCUCGAGGAGUUCGGCCCGGCGCACGAGCGCAUGUACGUGGUCGGCUGCUACAUCAACGGGGCGCUGGUGGCGAGCGCGCGCGGCCUGUCGAUCACCGACGCCCAGAUGGGCGCCGCGCUGCGCGCGCUCGAGAGCCUGCACCUCGCCCCGGAGGAGCCGGAGGAGCCGGAGGAGGGCGAGGUGUGA